CUUACAGCCCCACCAAAACUGACCAAAAACCCUUAUCUUCUCUUAAAAAAACAUUACUUCUCCUGUCAACUGUUUGAACUUAUGUACAUAUUUUAUUUCUACAAGUACUACCAAUAUUAUUUCCCAAUUAUUUAAUUCAAACUAAUACAAAACCUUUUUCUUCCUCUAGAUAUAUAUAUGAUUAGCUAAUGUCUUCCUACCAACAUAUUGAAAAAGGAGUCAAGAAUUUUGGCCUUCCAAUAUUGCUGCCUAAGCUAAAUUAAAACUAACUCUUCUUUCACACAACAGAUUGCAGUUUUCUGUUAUAUGAAACCCUUCAAGAUUUCAUUAGUUUUUCACACAAGGCCAACAUUUUCGCCUGCAGGCUGCAGCUAAUUUAAUUGUAUUGAAGAUCUAGUGGUCUUACUGUUGCAAAAAUAGUAUCAAUGGAGAGUUUGAAUUGGGAUGAAAGUCCAGUUUUUCAGGAGUUUGGAGCUUCAUUUGAUCCAAUACACGUAAUUUCUAAUUGGAACAUGCCACAGCGUCAAGAAGCUGCUGUAAGAUUAGCUGCUGAUUCUAUGGCUGCUAAAUCAGCAGCAGAUCUAAGCCGAGAUUGUGUUGAAAAUGGAUUUUCUUCUUCCCCUAUACUAAAUAUGCCUAAUUACAUCAGUGAUAGUAAUCCAAUGGCAUUAAAUGGCCUAAUGGCGAAUUUCAGCUCUAAUGGCCAAGUCCAGGAGAUUAAGCCAGCACCUAAACUACUCUCAAACACAUGCUCUCUGGAAUCCCUUGAUUGCUUACUCUCAGCAACCACCACCACCAACAACACCGACACGUCAAUCGAAGAUGAUGGAAUGUCCAUGAUUUUUGCUGAUAAUUCGAAAAGCUUGUGGAAUUUCAACUCUUCUGGAGAGUCUGCAAUACACAAUGCCUCGUCUGAAGCUCUGAAGCAGUCGCCAGGUUAUCAACAGCUUUUGACCUGUCCGUCUGGACAUGAAAUACUUCAAGAAGAAGAAAGAAAACGAAAACCAUACAAGCCCAUUAAAGCUAAUGAGCUCGAUGAGACGGUGUCAGAAUCAUCUCCGAAUCAUAAGUAUAACAAGAGAAGCCACAAGCAAGCUCUUGAGAAUUCUCCGAGUCAGUUCAAUCUAUUCGAGUCAGAUUCGUUAAAUGGAGAUUAUGGUAAUUUUCAGGUCAUUUCAGAAAAGCAAGCCAAAUCCAAGAAGCCGAGAUUAAUAACAGAAAGUUACAAUAAGCCACGUCCAAGUUCAUCGAACAUUAAUUUUCAACAAGCUAGCUCAUCGGUAUCUUCAAUAGAUCAAGAGCCUGAUCCAGAGGCAAUUGCUCAAAUGAAAGAAAUGAUAUACCGGGCUGCUGCAUUCAGGCCCGUGAACUUCGGGCCUGAAGCACCGGAGAAGCCCAAACGGAAGAACGUGAGAAUAUCAACGGAUCCACAGACCGUCGCGGCGAGGCAACGGAGAGAAAGGAUAAGCGAAAGAAUUAGGGUUUUGCAGAGGCUAGUUCCAGGAGGAAGCAAAAUGGAUACAGCAUCAAUGCUUGAUGAAGCAGCAAAUUAUUUGAAAUUUUUGAGGUCACAGGUUAAAGCUUUAGAAGCCAUAGGCCAAAAACAAGAUCCUUUCUCUUCAAUACCAUUCAACUAUCCAUUUCCCAUGCAAUUACCACAUUUUCCUCUCCAAAACCCUAAUCCAAUUCAUGGUCCCAAAACUUGACAUGUUUUUUUUUAUUUUACUGACGGAACAAACUAUUAAAAUGGAAAGGAGAAUAAAUUACUAAUCUGUAGUGUAAAAACCUUUUUAGUUUCUUGUUAUUCCCUUUGUUUUUGUCGUUAUUACUCUGCUGACGGAGGUUAAUUUUUUGUUCCUCCCCUCAGUCUAUCAGAUGGGACUUAGAAUUAAUUCUGCU